UUCUACUAUAUUAAAGAUUUUAUAAACUCCAUUGAACAUGUAUCUCAUUUUCCGGCGACUUUCAUCAAAUUAAAUUUGUCGGCUCGAUUUCCAUGUUGUAGCUAACAGCUCGUUUACUCGUUUCGCCGGAGCUCUACACAGUAACCGCCGAUUCCAAUUCCGCUGCAUCUCCUUUCGUGCUCAUCCAUGUACGACGUUUUGUACCGUUUCUGAAAUCCGUUAGCAUUAAACUAUGUAUAUGCGUAGUUAGGAAGUUAUAAGUCAUUUGACGGAGAGUUGAGCGUUUUGGUGAUUUGUAUUGUUCUCGGAUCUCUAACUAUACAAUUGUUGCUUGAUUUGCGCCUAAAAUCUAGCUAUCAAAUCAGUGGAGAUAGAAACUUUGAAUGUUGCAAGCCUUGUGGGAAAGAUGAAAAGAGUGACAAAGAAGGUUGGAAAAUAUGAGAUUGGUAGAACCAUUGGUGAAGGUACAUUUGCAAAGGUUAAAUUUGCAAAAAAUACAGAGACUGGUGAGGCAGUUGCCAUUAAAGUUCUUGCUAAAAGCACAAUACUCAAGAACAAAAUGGUGGAUCAGAUUAAAAGAGAGAUCUCUAUAACAAAGAUGAUGAGGCAUCCUAAUAUUGUUAGACUCCAUGAGGUUUUAUCAAGCCACACAAAGAUAUAUAUAAUACUGGAAUUCAUCAAUGGAGGAGAGCUUUUUGAUAGAAUUGUGCACAAAGGAAAGCUUUCUGAGAAGGAAGCUAGAGAGUACUUUCAACAGCUUAUUGAUGCUGUUGCAUAUUGCCAUGAAAAGGGUGUGUAUCAUAGAGAUUUAAAGCCUGAAAAUCUUCUUCUUGAUUCUGAAGGAAAGCUGAAGGUUUCUGAUUUUGGACUCAGUGCAUUGCCACAACAAGGUGUUGAACUUCUUUAUACCACUUGUGGAACCCCAAAUUAUAUUGCACCUGAGGUUUUAAGUAACAAAGGAUAUGAUGGUGGUGCUGCUGAUAUCUGGUCAUGUGGAGUCAUUCUUUAUGUCAUUUUGGCUGGAUACCUUCCAUUUGAGGAAUCAGACUUGCCAAGUUUGUAUAAAAAGGUUAAUGCUGCUGAGUUUUCAUAUCCUUUUUGGUUCCCAGAUAAUGCAAAGUCAUUAAUAAAUAGGAUACUGGAUCCAAACCCUAAAACUCGAAUUGGGAUUGAUGGGGUAAAGAAACACCCAUGGUUCCAAAUAAACUACACAUCUAUCAGCCAUGGAGAAGACAGUGAUGUCAGUUUAGACGAUGUCCAUGCAGUUUUUAAUGGGAUAGAGGAUCAAUACGUAACUGAAAAAUCGGAAGAAAAAACUGGCCCUUUACUAAUGAAUGCAUUUGAAAUGAUCACCCUGUCUCAAGGCCUAAACCUGUCUGCCUUAUUUGACAGACAUCAGGAUCGUGUAAAGAGACAAACUCGAUUUGUGUCACGUAAGCCAGCAAAAGAUAUAAUUUCAACAAUUGAAGUGGUUGCGGAAUUAUUGGGUUUCAAAGUCCAAACACAUGGCUACAAGAUGCGUCUUGAAGGAGCUUCCGUGAAUCGAGUGGGGCAAUUUGCGGUUGUUUUAGAGGUAUUUGAAGUUGCAGCAUCUCUUUUUAUGGUGGAUGUUCGAAAAGCUGCUGGAGAUACCCUUGAAUACCACAAGUUUUACAAGAACUUUUGUAACAAAUUGGACCACAUUAUUUGGAAACCAAAAGAAGGUAUGGAGAAUUCUUCUCUACUUAGAACUAUGACUUGUUAAGUCAAAAUCUUCCAUUUCCUUUUAUAUUAAGUCAAGGAAAAAAAAAACAGAGUUAUAAUAUGUUCCCAUGUAAUUAGUUAUAAUAUAGCAGAGAUGAUGAAAUAGGCUUGUUGGAUUUCUUAAAUGGGUGUGUUAGGGUGACUUUUGUUGAUGUUCUUGAUCCAUUAUUUGAAUGUAUUAUAUGGUUGCAAAACUAUACUAUUAAAAUAAUAAUCUAUUUUAGUCAUUUAAA